AUGUCUAAGCGGCCCUUUCUUUACGACCCUUUAGGGUAUAGCAACCUAUUAGCCUCCGCUAGCGCUAGCACUAGCUCUAUUACGCCGCAAGACGGCAACGACGACGACAUUAACUUCGGCCCUAUUAGCGACGAUAACGACUAUAAUCCUGCUACCGCUAGUAGCGACGAUAACGAAGACCCUACUGCCGCCGCGUUUGCGCUGCCUCCUACUACUGCCGUUCCUUUCUUCGCUCCGCCGGCCGCCGCACCGAUAAUAGGCGGGCAGCUAUACUACGUUGUUCGUAUUAUAGAGACGACGUUAGGCCGUCGCUUUGCUCGCCUAUACGAUGCCUACCGUCGCGACGGCUUCGAAUACUAG